ACCAACAAAAGGAAAUUGUUUGUUCCCUCAAUUUCAAGAACAAUCCAUCAAUAUCACCAACACAAACAAAAACACUCAUAGAUAGAUAGUGGCACAACAAAAACCAACUACGUUUCUAGAUGUUCAUGACAUGAUGAUGGGGUCUCAAGAGAGAUCAAGAAAAAAAAAUCUUAGCAUAUGGAAGAAAGCCUUACUUCAUUUCCUCCUAUGCUUUGUGAUGGGAUUCUUCACAGCCACCACCACCACCACCAAGGCUUUGCGAUCUCAAAGACCGCCCCUCUCCUCGCCCGAGCCCUUACUCAACAGCCACACUUCCAAAAGGGCAAGAAAUGAUCAGAAACUAGUGAUCAUAGUCUCUCCAACAAGCAAGAGGAACAAGCUCCUCCGCAACGUGAUGCUUACAAGACUAGCAUCCACUUUGAGGCUAGUGGCUCAGCCACUGGUGUGGGUGGUGGUGGAGCCAAACCCCCCUGAUCCCGAGGUUUCUCAGAUACUGAGAAAAACCGGGAUCAUGUACAGGCACGUGGUAUCUGAUGAAGAUUUCAUCGAUGAGGAUGCGGAGAUUGACCACCAGAGGAACCUCGCCCUCAGCCACAUCGAGCACCACCGCUUGAGUGGUGUGGUCCACUUCGCGGGGCUGUCCAAUGUGUAUGAUCUCAGCUUCUUCCAAGAGAUCCGCGCCAUCGAGGCGUUUGGAGCAUGGCCUGUAGCGAAGAUGGUGGCGAAUAGCAGGAAGGUGAUGAUGGAAGGGAGGGUGUGUGAUUCAUGGAAAUGCCAUUUCAACAACAUUCAUAUCUCAAGUUUUGCUUUCAACAGCACCAUUCUGUGGGAUCCUGAGAGAUGGGGAAGAAGAACUUUUCCCACUCAAGAUGCACCACAGAAUUCACUCAAUUAUGUGAGAAAGGAAGUUGUCGAAGAGGAAAGCACGUUGAAGGAUAUUCCAACGCAGGGAUGCUGUAAAGUUCUACUAUGGGAACUUCAUAUUCCAAAGAUGCUAUAAAAUGGAAUCGAUGAUUUUUUCUCUUCUUCAUUUUCGAUUCGUAUGCAUAUAUAUAUUGGAGUGUGAUGCGAGUUAUCUUGGUUAUUUAAUCUAAGAAAUUGGAAGGUGACAGUAACUCAAGUUGUUAUAAUAGCAAGGCUAGCAGACGCUCUAAUAAUGAUACAGAAAAUGGCUUUCUACAUCCAAGAUUCAGUUUUUAUUCCAAUUAUAUUGUUCAUUAAUGAUAAUCUUAAUUGUUCCCAUUUUCAGUGUUUA